UAUCCAAGGUGUCCCCCAGCUGUUGUGAAGGCAAAGGCAGUUACUUGUGGACUGUAUAUAAGAAAGCGACUGCACCGGUCACCGCGUCCACACACGAAGAACAGUCCGCAUAAUGAAGUACACACUGAUCUUGGUACUGGCUGUUGCCGGAGUACUCGCCCAGGAGUACCAGAAAUGCGACCAGUCCAUUUCUGAUCAAUGUCCUGCGGAAGACGGAGAAUUCCCCGUGUUCUUCCCCGACCCUGAACUGUGCCGCCUAUGCGAGUGCUCCGUGGCGGCAGCGCCUGGCACCUCCUGUGUGGGCCUGGCACUCUCUGGGACACCGAGACCGACCAAUGUAACUGGGGUGACCAGGUCGACUGCCAGGGCCGCCCCAUCGUUGACCCUCCGACCAUGCCACCGACCACAACGAAACCAGAGUAGUGACUCGGAUGAAAUGCUGUCGCUUUUCGGAUAAUUGGAGAAUUAAAACUGAUAAUUGCA